CUUCUCCUCAAAUAGUCCUCCACUUUAACAUUAUACUUUGUCCAUUUCCUAAUUUCCUUUUAUAUAACAAAACUAAACUUCAUUUCAUCACCACAAUUUGUGUCCAUUACUUCUCUCAAAAAAACUACACACCAUGGCCACAACCAGAGUCACUACUAUUUCCAUCACCGUUUUACUCUUCCUUUUUACUACCACUCUCUCACGCGCCCGCGAUCUUCAAAACCCAUUACCCGAAUCCAAUUCCGAAACCACCACGCGCUUUCAUAGUUCUUCAAAAACCCAACAACACGACACCGUUUCGUUCAAUCUCAACUCCAUCGACCACGUUCCGUUAACUUACCUCAAUUUCCGUCCAAUCAACCGUCACAUCCACCCACACCAACGCAUAUUGCCGUCAAACUUUCCGUUAUCUCACCGCCGUUGCCGUCACGGUCACCGCCGUCAGAUCCCUUAUGGUAACGACAUGAUCUUGUCGAAAGAUGCCAGCAACUCCGAUCGUCGGAUCCAGAAACGGUUGGCGAGGAUUCACGGUGGUGGGGUCAUGUACAGGCCGAUGGUGAUGACUUAUAACGAUUUUGUUCGCCGCGAUGAGGAGGAUCGUCGUCAUCAUGAUGAAAAGGGUUGGUUUGAGAAGAAGAUUCAUGAGUUGUUGAACUUGUUCUAAUUAUGAUUAUAUUAUAGAUAUAGAUAUGAAGUGUUUGUGUGUUUGAAAAAUAAUACUCCAUCCAGUCCUAUUUUAGAAGAGACGAUUUACUUUUUAGAUACAUUAAAUAAAAUUUAUGUAUUUGGUUUAGGUUGUUGACUAAAUACAUACAUACAUUAGUACAUUAUUCAAUGUAUCUAAAAAUUAAAAUUUCUCUUGUAAAUAGGGACCCGGAGGGAGUAAUAAUGUAAAAUAUGUAGUUUUAAUUAUGUAUUAUACUAUCAUAUGAUAUGAUGCACUAUAUUACUAAGUUUUUAUGUUUAUUUAGUUAUGAGUUAGUUGUUAGGGUAAUUUAAUAGAAUUAUGAUGCUAUGUUUAUGGA